AUGAACAAAGCUGGAUCUCAACAGGUGGAGCACGUGUACUACGCUAUACUGCUCUGCCUACCGAGCUCCAGAGGCUUAAGUGUUUUGUUGUGGUUGGGGUGGGGGGGUUGGUGGGGGGGUUGGGGGGUGUGGGGGGUUUGUUGGGGGUUGGUGUGGUUGUGUGGUGUGGUGUGGGGUGGGUGGUGUGGGGUGGGGGUGGGGUGGUUGGAUGGUUGGGUGUGGGGUUGGGUGGUGGGGGGUGUGGUUGGUUUUGGAGUUGUGGGGGGGUUGUUUUGGUGGGUGGGUGGGGGGUUGUGGGGGGGGAUGGGGGUGGGUGGUGGUUGUGUGGUUGGUGUGGUUGUGUGUGUGGUUGGUGUUGGGUGGGGUGGGGGUUUGGUGGGGUGUUGUGUGGGGGUGGGUGGGUGGUGUGGGGGUGGUGGUUGUGGUUGGGGUGGGGGUUGUGGUUUGGUUUGGGUGGGGUUUGGGGGGUGGGGUGGGUGUUGUGGUAGUUGUGUGGUGUGUUGGGUGGUGGUGUUGUUUGUUGUGGGGAGUUUGGUGGGGGUGGGGGUGUUGGGUGUUGGGGGGGGGAUUGUUGGGUGGGGGGGGUUUGUUUUUUGGGUGUGUUUUGUGGGGGGGUGUGGUGGGGUGUUGGGGUGGGUGGUUGUUGGUGGGGUGGGGGGGGUGUGGUGUUUGUUUUGUUUGUUUUGGUUUGUUGUGUGGGGGUUUGGGUUGGUGGUGUGUAAGAGGUUGUGUGGUGGUGUGUUGGGGGGGGGGGGGGUUUUGGGGGUGGUGGGUUGUUGGUUUUGGUGUGUAGGUUUGGUUUGGGGGGGGGUGUGGUGGGGUUUGGGGUUUUUGGGGGUGGUGUUAGUUGUGGGGUUGUUGUUUGGGUUGGGUGGUGGGGUUGUGUUGGGUGGUGGGUUUGGUGGUGUGUGUGGUGGUGGGGGGUGGUGGGGGUUUUGUGGUUGUUGGGUGGGUGUGGUGGGGGGUUGUGGGUGUGGUGGGGUUUGUGUGGUUUGGGGUUGUGGGGGGGGGUUGGUGGGGGGUGUUUUUUGUGGGGUGGGGGGGGGGGGGGGGGGGGGGGUGUUGGUGGGGGGUGGGUUGUGUUGGGUUUGUGGGGGGGUUGGGUGUGGGGGGGGGGGGGGUGGGGGGUUGGGGUGUGGGGGUGGUUGGGUGGUUGUUGUGGGUGGGUGGGUGGGUGGUGGGUGGUUGGUGUGGUUUGUGUGGGGUGGGGGUUUGUUAUUUUGUUUGUGGGGGGGUUGGUGGGUGGGGGGGGUGUGUGGGGGGGGGGAGUGUGUGGGGUUUGUGGUGUGGGGUGGGGGUGUGGGGGUGGUUGGGUGUGGGGGGGGGGGGGGGGGGGGGGGGUGGGGUAGUUGGUGUGGGUGGUUGGGUGUGUGGUUGGGGGGGGGUGGGGGGGGGGUGGGGGGUUGUGUUUGUGGGGUUGGGGGGUUGUUGGGGUGGGGGGUGGGGGGUGGGUGUUUGUGGUGUUGGGGGGGGUUGGGGGGGGGGGGGGGGUGUGUGUGGGUGGGUGGGGGUGUUGUGUUUUGGGUGUUUAGUGUGUGGGUGUGGGGGGUGUGUUUGGUUGGGGUUUGGGUUUUUUUGUGUGUUGGGGGGGUUGUGUUUUUUUUUUGUUGGGUGGGGGGUUUGGUUGUGGUUUGUUUUUGUUUGGGGGGUUGGUUGGGUUUGUGGUGGGUGUUUUGGUGUGUGGGUUUGGUGGUGGGGUUUGUGGGGGGUGGUGUGUGUGGUGGGUGGGGUGUUUGUGGUUGUUUAUGUUUUGGGGUGUGGUUUUUGUGUUUUGGUGGGGGGUGUGUGUUUGUUAUUUGGGUGUGGUUGGGGGGGGUGGUGGGGGGGGGGGGUUGGGGGGGGUUGGGGGGUGGGGGGUGGGGGUGGGGGUUGGUUGGGGUGUUGUUGGGUUGUUGGGGUGUGUGGGGGGGUGAUGGGAUGUUGGGUGGGGGGGGGGUGUGGUUGGGGGGUGGUUGGGGGGGUGGUUGUGGUGUGUGGGUGGAUGGGGGGGUUGUGUUGUUUGGUUGGUGGUUGUGUUGUGGGUUAUGUUUGAGUUUGUGUGGUUGGUGUUGUUGUGGUUGGGUGUUGUUAGUGUUGGGGGGGGGGUGGGUUGGUUUGGGGGGGUGGGGGUGGUGUGGAGGGGGUUUGGUGGGGUGGGGUGUGUGUUGUGGGGGGGGGUGGGGUGGGUGGUGGGGUGGGUUUGGGGGUUUUAGGUUGUGUUGGGUUGGGUGUUUGGGGUUUGUUUGGUUUGUUGUUGGGGGUAGGGUGGGUUUUUUUUGUUUUUGGGGUGUGGAGAGUGUGAGGGUGUGUGUGUGUGGUGUGUGUGUGUUUGUUGGGUGUGUGUGUGUGGGUGUGGUAUGUGUGGUUGUGUUUGGUGUGGUUUGUUGUUGUGUGUGUGUGGUUGUGUGUGGUUUGAGGUUGUGUGUGUGUGUGUGUGGUGUUGUUGGUGUUUUGUGGAGUGUGUGGUGUGUGGGUGUGUGUUGGUGUGUGUGGGUGUGUGUGGUUGUGAGGUGUGUGUGGGUGUGUGUGUGUGUUGUGGUGUUGUUGUUGUGUGAUGGUGUGUGUGGUUGGUGUGUGUGUGUGGUUGUGUGGUUUGGUUGGGUGUUGUUGUUUGUGGUUGUGGAUGGGGAUUUGUUUGUUUUUGGGUUUGGGUUGGGGUGUUGGGGGGUUUUGGUUGGUGGGGGUUUGGGUGGGGUGGGUGUGGGUGGGGUUGGGUGGUUGGUUGGGGGGUUGGGGGGGGGGGAGGUGGAGGGGGUGGUGUGUGGGGUGGGUGGUUUGUGUGGGGUGGUGUGGUGUUGGGGGUUGUUUGGGUGGGGGGAGUGGGUGGUGGGGGGUGGGGUUUGUGGGGGGUUGGGGGGGGUUGUGGGGGGGGUGUGGGGGGUGUGUGGGUUGGUGUGUUUAGUGGUGGGGGUAGUUGGUUGGGUUGGUAUUGAUGAUUGGGGGUAUUGGUAUUUGUGGGGUUGUUGGGGUGGGGUGUGGGGGGGGUAUGGGUGGUUGGGGUGGGGUUGGUUUGGGGUGUUGAUUUGGUUUGGGUGGUGGGGAUUGAGUGUGGGGUUUUGUUGGGUUUUGUGUGAUGGUGGGUGGAUUGGUGAGGGGGAUGGAUAUUUGGGGGGGGGGGUGGGGUUGGGUUGUGUGGGUGUGGGUGGGGGGGGGUGUUGGGUUGGGUGGGGUGGGUGGGGGGGGGGGUGGUGUUGUGUUUGUUUUGGUGUGUGGGGUUUGGGGGGGUUGUGUGGUUGGGGUGUUUGUGAUGGGGUGUGGGGUUUGAUUGGUUGGAUGGUGGUUUUGUGGAGGAUGGGGGUUUUGGGUGGUUGUGGUGUUUGUGUUGGUUUGUGUGGGGGGGGUGGUUGUGUUGGGUUUAUUGGUGUUGGGGGGUUGUGUGGGGUGGUGUUUGGGGGGGGGUUUGGGUGGUGUUUGGUAGUUGGGGGUUGUGGUGUGGGGUGUUUGGGUUUUGGGUGGUGGGGUGGGUGUGUGGUGUUUUGGUUUGGGGGGUGUGUGGGUGGUUGGUUGGGUGGUGUGAUGUGGGGGGGGGGGUUUUUGGGUGGUGGGGGGGGUGUUGUUGGGUUUUUUUGUGGUAGGUUGUGUGUGUGUUGGGGUGUGUUGUGUUGUUGUUGUGGUGGGGUGGGGGGGGUUGGGGUGGGUGUGGUUGUGGUGGGGGGUGGUGUUGUGUGGGGUGUUUGUUGGUUGGUUUGUUUGUGUUUGGGUUGUGGGGUUGGGGGUGGUGGGUUGUUUUGUGUGUUGGGGUGGUGGGGGGGGGUUUGUUGUGGUGAUGUGGGGGGUGUGGGUGUGGGUGGUGUGUAUGUGGUUUGUUUGUUGGGUGAGUGUUGUUGUGUUUUGUGGUUGGUUUUGGUUUGUUUGGGGGGGGGUGUGGGGGGGAGGGUUUGGGGGGGUUGGUGUGGGUGGGGGUGGGUGUGGGGGUGUGGGGUUGGGGGGUGGGUGGGGGGGGUUGUUGGUUUUUUGGUGUUGGGGUGGGGUUGGAGGAGUUGGUUUUGGGUAAUUGGUUGGGGUUGUAGGGUGUGGGGGGUGGAUUGGGGGGGGUGGGGGGGGUUGUGGGGGUGUUGUGGGGGGUGGGGUGUUGUGUGUUGGUUUGUGGUUGUUUUUGUUGGGGGGGUUUAUUUUUUUGUUUGUGGUGGGUGGUGUUUGGUUUGGGUUGGGUUGGGUGGAUUGUUUGUGAUUUGUUGA